UUAUAAUGGCAAAUUUUGAUGAAAUGGCAAUGUUAUUUGCAAUUGAUAAUAUUGAAGAGCAUGAACGCGCAAUGAAUGUACGACAAACACGGAAAAAUGAAAUAAUUUCGGAUCCAUUUGAUACAUCAGAUAGACUGUUCAUAAAAAAUUUUAGACUUACUAAAGACCUUGUAAAGUAUUUAAUUGAACUUUUACGGCCAUAUAUUGUUUCAAAAAGCCGCCUGUCUGCUAUUGAUUUAAAUACAAAAAUUCUAGUAACGUUGAACUUUUUGGCUACUGGAUCAUACCAGUCUCCAACUGGUAAUAGUAAGUUUAUAGUCUUAUCACAACCGUCUGUAUCUCGGUGUAUAAGUGAAGUUGUAGAGGCACUAAACCGGCCAGAAAUAUUUGACAAAUGGGUUAAGUUUCCUAGUAACCUGAAUGAGCUGACUGAAAUCCGUAAUGGUUUUUAUAGAGAAACUGGAUUUCCUGGAGUAAUAGGAUGUAUUGAUUGUACUCACGUAGCGAUUGUACCUCCUUCAAAUAAUUUAAAUUUGAAUGAAAAUGAAAAUCCCGAAUACAUUUAUGUGAACCGUAAGGGAUAUCAUUCCAUAAAUGUCCUAUUGAUUUGUGAUUCAAAAUUAAGAGUUUUAAAUGUGAACGCACUAUUUCCUGGCAGUACCCACGACACCCAUAUAUGGAACAAUAGUUCUGUUUUACCAGUAAUGCAGGAAUUACACAGACGCAAUCAUCAUAACUUUUAUUUAUUAGGUGAUUCCGGAUAUCCCUUACGUCAAUGGCUAUUGACACCAAUUACAAAUCCUACAACAAACCCUGAAAAAUAUUACAACCAAAAACAAAUGUCAACCAGAAGUCUAAUUGAACGUUGCAACGGGGUGUUGAAAAUGCGAUUUAGAUGCCUAUUAAAAGAUAGAACUUUACAUUAUAAACCAGAAAAAACAUCAUCAAUAAUAAAUGCAUGUAUAGUUCUACAUAAUAUGUGUAUUACUAAUAAUAUUCCUUUGGAUGAACAUGACAUUCCAGAGUAUGAUAAUUUGGGUAUGAUGGAAGACCGAGAGAUAUUAGCGGACAAUAAUCGUAAUUUAGACUUGGCUCUUGGUAGACAACAUAGGGAAAAAAUUGUAACAUACUUAUUUCAAAGACAUGUAUAAAUUUUAUUAAUAACAUAUAUUAUACUUCUUAUUCAAAAUAACUGUGUGAUACUUGUUUAUUAUCUGCUGACUAGUUAAAUUCAGUUUUUAACAUUUAGUAAAUUAAUACAUUAUAAAUAAUAAUAACAAAUAAAAUAAAAUAAAAUAAUAAUCUUUGGUAGAUGAAUACUUAAAUAUUAAUAACAAAUAAAAU